AUGAGGAAACAACAUGUCAUAUACUACGUAUUUUUCUGCUUAGGAGCCAUAGGAAGCAGAGGAGAGACAGAACCAAUAACAAUACAAAAAGGAACGGAGUGCCACAAAGCAUUGGAAACAGCGUUCACCACGCCCAAAAACUGUGAGAAUGUAAGCACAGCGAUAAGCGAAAUGCCUGAAAAUGUUAGCAUUGAAACAUUCCCGGGGGCAUGGACCGUGUGUCAAUUCAUGGAAAACGAAAAAGAAAGCACAGUCACGCAAUGCAUUUUGAAGUUCGAAAACGCAGAGGGAAAUCGAAUAGCGUGCACCUACGAAACCGAGGGCGGACAAGGAAACGUAAGCUGCACACAGGAAGUGGAUGCUCCGGUGGCUUAUCACCCACACUGUGGGGAACAUGGAAGUGACCAUGGUUAUGAUAACGGCUAUGAUGGUUAUAAUGGCGUGGCGUAUGGUGAACUGGGUUGUCCCGAGCCUGGUCCACCUCCUGCCCAACCGAACGAUGAAGCUCACAGGUGCAUUGCCGACGUUUUCGCUGCAUUUAGUGGCCACCUUCCAUGUGCAAAAUUCUACGGCACAGAUCAGGCAUUCGGUCCUAAGGAAGUCGUCUUCGGCGAGAACGGAAAUGAAAAACCAGAAUGUGCAGAAGGAAGCGAACCCCCGGAAUCCAAGGUGGUUGGGGAAACAUGUGAAGUAAAAUUGCGGACAAAAAAACAACCAGAAGAAUAUGUAUGUAAGGUAGAAACCUCUAACGGUAAAAGAAAAAUAAAGUGUACCCCCAAAACACCAAAAACAAUUCCUCAACAAGCGGACACAGUAAAGAAACCAGAUACCACUGAAUCCAUGCAGAAAAAAGCUGACGAUGGUGGUAAAACUGAGGUAACACCAGAAGUAAAAGAUGGGCAAAAAGAUGAAAAGGGUGGGAAAGAAAGGCAAGAAAAGCAAAAAAUGGAAAAUAAUACUGGAAAAAGCAAUGAAGCAGCGACAAACACUAAAACGCAGGCUUCUUCUUGGAAAUCAAAUAAUCCUAUUAUCAUGUUUUUAACACUUUCUUUAUUGUUGCUUUAG